AUGAAGAUACUCAGAUGUUGCUUUAAAUACACUCUCCAGCAGAAAGUCUUCAUCCUCUUCUUAACCCUAUGGCUGUUCUCCUUGUUAAAGCUUCUAAAUGUGGGCAGGCUCCUCUUCCCUCAGAGGGACAUUUACUUGGUUGAAUACUCCCUGAGUACCUCACCAUUUGUAAGGAACAGGUUCCCCGACACCGGGGAUGCGGCCAGGGAUGCAGUGAACUGCUCAGGGGUCUACGAGCACGAGCCGUUGGAAAUCGGCAAGAGUCUGGAAAUCAGAAGACGCAAUAUCAUCGACCUGGAGGACGGUGAUGUCGCACUGAUGACAAGUGACUGUGACAUCUAUCAGACCCUAAGACAGUACCACGAAAAGCCCGUUUCAAGAGUGGAGGAGGACUUCCCCAUAGCCUAUUCACUGGUCGUCCACAAAGAUGCCAUUAUGGUUGAACGGUUAAUCCAUGCUAUUUACAACCAGCACAACCUUUACUGUAUCCACUAUGACCUGAAGUCACCAGACGCGUUCAAAGCUGCCAUGAACAACUUGGCUAAGUGCUUCUCCAACAUCUUCAUCGCCUCCAAGUUAGAGGCCGUGGAGUAUGCCCACAUUUCCAGGCUCCAGGCUGACUGGAAUUGCUUAUCGGACCUUCUCAAGUCCUCCGUUCAGUGGAAGUACGUCAUCAACCUAUGUGGGCAAGACUUUCCCCUAAAGUCAAAUUUUGAACUAGUGACAGAGCUGAAAAAACUCCGAGGAAGGAAUAUGUUAGAGACGGUGCGACCUCCCACAGGUAAGAUGGAGAGGUUCACCUAUCACCACGAACUCAGACAGGUGCCUUAUGAGUACAUAAAGCUGCCAGUAAAGACCAACGUCUCCAAGGGGGCACCCCCUCACAACAUUGAGGUCUUUGUGGGCAGUGCCUACUUUGUUUUAAGUCAAGCAUUUGUUAAAUAUAUUUUCAACAGCUCCCUCGUCAAAGACUUUUUUGCCUGGUCUAAAGAUACAUACUCUCCCGAUGAACACUUUUGGGCCACCCUAAUCCGGAUACCAGGAAUCCCCGGAGGAAUUUCCAGAUCGUCCCAGGACGUGUCUGACCUGCAGAGUAAGACCCGCCUGGUCAAAUGGAAUUACUACGAAGGCUUUUUCUACCCCAAUUGCACUGGCUCUCACCUUCGAAGUGUGUGCAUUUACGGAGCUGCAGAGUUACGGUGGCUCAUAAAGGAAGGGCACUGGUUUGCUAAUAAGUUUGAUUCUAAGGUAGACCCUGUCCUGAUUAAAUGUCUGGCAGAGAAACUCGAAGAGCAACAGAGAAAGUUGAUUGCUUUGUCUUCAGAGAAGUCCAUUACAGAGGGAAACCCCAAAGCCACACAUAAGAUCGCUACAGGCCUGAGGGUGUCUGAUACAGAGAGUUAAGCG